UGCAUCUAUGCGUGUGAGAUGAUGCGUUGUAGUAGAAAAUAUACUAUCAUGCAUACACUACACAUUCAGUCGACUUGCUUUUUAACAUCAUAAUAUCGAUUAGUCCCGAUCUUAAUUGAACAAAAGGGCCAUCCCAUUUUGCGGAUUGGAUAAUUUGGAUAUAUUAAUCACCGUUUCUCAUUCGUACGCGGUGGAUGGCAGUUUAUUGAUGCAGGGUUGGAUGCAGUAUUGAGAUCUUGGUUGAGAUGUCUUUCUUGGAUUUUAAGACAAUUUUAAGCGUUUUCUUUAUCACCUCGCAGCUUUUAUCUUGGAUAAUCCAAACAGCGGGUGAAUUCUGUGAAGCCUACGUGGAUGACGCUGGGACCUACCACACCAGUAAACAUUGUCCAGGACCAGAUGCUGUAGGAGAUGCUCUCAAGAACAUCUACUGCUGUGGUUCGGCAACAUACAAAUACUGUUGCAGCAAACCCACUGGAUAUUUCUUAGAACAUUUCAACAUCGGUGCUUUCGUCGGUGGGUCCAUCGCUAUCGUCAUCGCACUCAUCAUCGGCAUCAUCCUAUGUUGCUGCUGUUGCUCUUGCUGCUGUUGGAAACAAAAACAGACUCGAAGACGGAGUAUGAGAGCCAACGGACCGGGACAAUCGGCCGUGGCUUACAGUACGUAUUCUGCUAAUGGUGUUGAGAGGGCUCGAGGUCCAAGUCUCUUUGGUCGUAUUAUCCCCUUGUCUCACAUACCUGUAAUCAGACAUUUACAUGGACCUAGAACAGCGGUGAGCGCUACACCAGUCGUUCGUGAAACUCCCCGAGCAGCCCCACCCUCAGCGGUACCUAACUCGUAUCCCAAGCAGCAGUAUCCCCAUCAGGUGGGCGUGGUCCCAAGUCCUCAUCAAUCUCCACAUCAUCAACCGUCACCACACCACAUCCCACACCACGCCACCACGGCUGCUUCCCCUGUGCACCAUCAACAGCCUUAUACAGCACCGCCUAUCGGCACCCCAGCACCACCAGGCGUCACCUCGGCAGGUGCAGCAGGGGGCUACCCUUCACCCCAUCACAUUGGAUUCGCACCCCACGUUGACCAACCACCGCCUUACGUUUCGACAGUUUCACCGGCGCAAAUGCAGGCGCCGCCGUUAUUGGACAAAGGUGGAUAUCACGUGCAGGGGGGUGUUGGCGGACCGAGUGCACCGCCAGUCCGCAGUGAUCCACCUCCCGCAACCAAUCCUCAUUAUCAAGGCAACUUCUGAAUUGAUGAUGGCCAAGAUUCGAGCAGCAAACAUUGAGCAAUAGUAUGUAAUGUGAAUGCAAUAUGAAAAUAUUUCGUGCCGUGAUCAAAAGCAAUAGGACUGCAUCUGACAAACAGAGACCGGAUACCCUUUGCUUUUUAUUUUGUGAAUAAGAAUAUGCAUGAUCAAUUUACAUGAUAAGACACUUGUGUCUUUAUUUUAUGACUGUUAUGACGAAAGUUGUUCAAUAACUAGUUUGGCAACAUGAUCAUGGAUUAUAUAGACUGCAGUAUGUUUCCUUGCCACUAUGUAUUUGACAAAACUCUCAACAUUUUUUUAUGGUACAUGAACAACACAUAUCGGAAAGUCAAACGGCACCGUCACCUAUUAUCGUCUUAUACCGCGUCAUACUACAAUUUUUGUUAUAGACGACCGCAAACUCGAACAUUUUCAAAUUAUCAAACGACUAGCGUUGUCUGUCGACAUCUACUGUAGAUAGUUUAUAAAGACAGGAGCUCUCCCCUUAAACACACACACUCACACCCACAGUCCACACAUGCCGCUAUAAAAAAAUCUCAAAUAUUUACAGAAAAGAACCAGAGGAAAAGGAAGGAAACGGCAAGAAAAUAGAAGGAUAAAAGUAGCAUGCCAAAAAGAUAGUCCAGUAUGGUCUAGGUAUAUAACUGAACUCAUUGUAUAUACCACCAUUAUUCCACAGAGGAAAAAACGAGGUUGCCUUUGCUGGAUCAUGCAGAGGCGGUGUCAUUUAAAAAAUAUGUAUAAUUCAGGCCGUCUUGCCUCCCAUAAAAUGACUGCAGUCGCCUUUGUAUGAACUAGAUAUACAUUCAAUUUGGAGAAAAAAAAAUACC